AUGUCGAACUUUGCGGCAGCAACAUUGGCGCCGCCAGCGCCUCUUCGAAUUAACCAUGCCCGCGGUCCCUCUCGAGAGGGGACGCCCAGUUCGAGCACCUUCGCGCCGUCGUACCUCAAAACCGAAGACAUGCGGAAGCCCACCGACGUUGUCAAGGGGAUUGAGGGUGAGAACGACUUUUCAGGCAGAAAGUAUGUCUGGCUUAAGGACCCGCAGACGGCAUUCGUCAAGGGCUGGGUGGUGGAGGAGCUGGGUGGAAACAAACUUUUGGUUCAGUGUGAUGAUGGGAGUCAACGGGAGGUAGAUGCUGAGAGCGUUGACAAAGUAAACCCAGCCAAGUUCGACAAAGCAAACGACAUGGCGGAGCUCACACACCUAAACGAGGCCUCGGUCGUCCACAACCUCCAAACACGAUACAUGUCGGACCUAAUCUACACCUAUUCCGGACUGUUCCUGGUGACGGUCAACCCCUACACCCCUAUUCCGAUAUACACCAAUGAAUACGUCAACAUGUACAAGGGCAGGAACAGGGAGGACAACAAACCCCACAUCUUCGCCGUGGCUGACGAGGCCUUCCGAAAUAUGGCGGAUGAGAACGAGAAUCAGAGCAUUUUGGUGACCGGAGAAUCCGGUGCUGGAAAGACUGAGAACACCAAGAAGGUGAUCCAGUACCUCGCUGCCGUCGCUCAGUCCCAGUCACCGGCGAAGACUAGAGGCAAACAACAGCACUCCAAUCUCUCCGCCCAGAUCUUGAGGGCCAACCCGAUUCUGGAGGCCUUUGGCAACGCCCAAACUGUGCGCAACAAUAACUCUUCUAGAUUUGGCAAGUUCAUCAGAAUCGAAUUCAAUCGCGAUGGAUCGAUUGCCGGCGCCUUCAUUGACUGGUAUCUUUUUGAGAAAUCUCGCGUCGUGCGAAUCAACGCGCAGGAGCGCAACUAUCACAUUUUCUACCAACUUCUCAGGGGAGCAGAUCGGAGGCUGAAACAAGACUUCCUGCUUGAUGGGUUGGAUGUCCAAGACUUCGCGUACACUCGCGACGGGCAAGAGAUUAUCACAGGGGUGUCUGACCAGGACGAGUGGAGCUCGUUAAUGGAAGCCUUUAUGGUGAUGGGUUUCUCGGAUGAAGAGCAGGCCUGCAUUCUACGCACCAUUGCCGCUGUUCUUCACCUCGGAAACAUUUCUGUUGUCAAGGAGAGCAGGUCGGCAGAUCAGGCUCGCCUUGCUCCCGAUGCCAAGGAGGUCGCCGCGAAAGUCUGCAAGCUGCUCGGUGUACCCCUCGAGCCCUUCCUCCGUGCAUUGCUGCAUCCCAAAGUGAAAGCAGGGAGGGAGUGGGUUGAAAAGGUACAGACACCAGAACAAGUCCGCUUUAGCAUCGACGCUCUUGCGAAAGGCAUCUACGAGCGGGGCUUUGGCGACCUCGUGACCAGGAUCAACCGACAACUUGAUCGUGCUGGCAUGGGCCUUGAUGACACCCGUUUUAUUGGUGUAUUGGAUAUUGCCGGUUUUGAGAUUUUCGAGAAGAACAGCUUUGAGCAGCUGUGCAUCAACUACACCAACGAGAAGCUGCAACAGUUUUUCAACCAUCACAUGUUCGUCCUGGAGCAAGAAGAGUAUGCCAGGGAACAAAUCGAGUGGAAGUUCAUCGACUUUGGCAAGGACCUGCAGCCUACCAUUGACCUGAUCGAAGUUUCCAACCCCAUUGGCAUCUUUUCAUGUCUCGAUGAAGACUGUGUCAUGCCCAAGGCCACCGACAAGACCUUUUCUGAGAAGCUAAACUCCUUGUGGGAUAAGAAGUCACAAAAGUAUCGGCCUUCUCGGUUAGGUCAAGGUUUCAUUCUCACGCAUUAUGCCGCCGAGGUCGAAUACUCUACCGACGGCUGGCUUGACAAGAACAAGGACCCCUUGAAUGACAACCUUACUCGCUUGCUCGCCGCAUCGACCGAUAAGCACGUUGCCAAUCUUUUUGUCGAUUGUGCUGACCAGGACGAUGAGACCGGAGGUAUGCGUAGCAGGGUCAAAAAAGGGCUUUUCCGCACGGUUGCCCAAAGACACAAGGAGCAACUGUCAAGUCUCAUGGCCCAACUACAUCUCACGCACCCUCACUUCGUCCGAUGUAUCCUUCCCAACCACGUUAAGCGAGCAAAACAAUUCAACGGUCCCCUCGUCCUCGAUCAGCUGCGGUGCAACGGUGUACUCGAGGGCAUCCGUAUUGCCCGAACAGGCUUCCCCAACAGGCUAUCGUUCGCCGAAUUCCGGCAGCGUCUCGACAAAUCUUUGUACCGGAUUGGUCUCACCAAGGUGUUUUUCCGCGCUGGUGUCUUAGCCGAGCUCGAAGAACAACGUGAUGCCCUGAUCACGGAGAUCAUGUCAAAGUUCCAAUCCGUUGCCCGAGGCUAUAUGCAGCGGCGGAUUGCCUUCAAGCGUCUCUAUCGAGCGGAAGCCACGAGGGUCAUUCAACGGAACUUCCAGGUUUACAUCGACCUCUGUGACAACCCUUGGUGGCAACUCCUUGUGCGGAUGAAGCCUCUCUUGGGCGCGACAAGGACCGCAGCCGAGGUCAAGAAGAGAGACGAAAUGAUCCGGCAGCUGAAUGAGCAGAUGCUCCUGGAACACGAUAAUCGACAGAAACUCGAAGACGAACGUCGGAACGUCCAUGCCGAGAUGCUUCGGAUCCAGCAAACACUCGAGAGCGAACGUGCCCUAGCACUGGACAAGGAAGAGAUCUUUAAACGGCUGCAACUCCGCGAGGUAGAACUGGAAGAUAAGCUGGCCGGCGCCCUGGAGGACCAAGAAAAGCUUGAGGACCAGUUGGAUAGUCUUCUUGAGGCCAAGAAACGUGCCGAGGACGACGUGGAACGGUAUCGCGCCCAGCUUGAGCAAGCAGCCGGCAUCAUCGCAAGGUUGGAGCAAGAGAAAUCCGAACUCGCUGGGCGUGUUGAGGACCUUGAGCGCGCCAUCGAGGACAUCACCAAGGCCCAGGCUGAACGCAGCGAACAAGAGGCGGCACUGGAAGGAGAGAUCAAGAUGCUGCAAAGCCAGCUACAGCUCAAAGACCGCAAGGCUCGCGACUUGGAAGACAAGCUGCUCAAAAUUGACCAAGAUCUCGAAGUCAAGUUGAUGACCGCCCAAAAGGAACUCCAGUCCUCCAAGACCAAAAACUCACAACUGAUUGCCGAAAAUCGCGAGGUCCAGCAGCAGCUGACUCAGUUGUCGAAGACUUCAACCGACUACGAGGACCUAGUGAGAAAGAAGGAAAGCGAGCUGGCUUUGCUCCGCUCUGAUAAUAGGAAGUUUGAGACGGAGAGGCGCAACUUCGAGGACCAGAUGAAGAACCUCAGCGCAGAAAGAGAAAAAGCUGCUGAGCGGCUUCAUGAGGUUCAAGCCCAGCUAACUGCUCUGAAGUCCCAGCAAUCCCAAAUCGAGCGGGAGGCCGAGGAUGCAAAGAGACUCCUGGAGGCUAGACUCUCGGAAGAUGCUCAGGCCGACGAGAAUCGGCAAAUUCUCGAGGCUCAGAUCAAGGAUCUCAAAGAAGAACUGUACAACACACAGAUGGAAUUCAGCAGGGAGCGCCAGUCGCGGGAUGAUGUCCAGCUGCUCGGCGAACACAAGUACCAAAGCUUGAAGGAUGAGUACGACCAUCUCAACGAGUCAAAAAUCACCAUCGAAAAGGAGCUCUACGCCCAACAAGAUACUCUCCGUCGAACAAUGGAAGCUCGAACUACCGCAGAGGAGGAACGGGAUGAGGCUCGCGAAGAAAUCCGGCGGCUCCGUGUUGCCAAAACUCAAGCCGAGGAAGCUCGCCGCGAAGCUGAGAUCAUCGGAGAGCGAGCCGCCUUCAAGGUCGCACGGGAACGCGAGGAAAGUCUUCACAAGGAUCUUGAGGCCGCUCAUGAGCGGCUCAAAUGGUUUGACGCCGAGUGUGCCAACCUCAACCGCCAAAUUGAAGAUUUGAACAAGUUGAUCCUUGAGUCUGGCGAAUUCGGGCUGAAGAACGACCAGGCAAAAGAGCGGAUGGAGCGCGAGCUUCAUACCGUGAAGAGUCGGCUCGCUGCCUCCGAAAACGAUAACCGUGCGCUUCUCAACAAAUUACAACAAAAAGGUCUCGAAAUUGCCCGGUCAUCGUCGCGCGCGAGCGAGGCCUCUCGUGGGCAGGUUCUUUCUCUCCAGCGUGAGAAGGCGAGGUUAGAGGAGCAGAACGCGAAACUUAACAAACAGCUCGGCGAUUCUCACGUCACCAUCGCCUCACUAGAAAAGCGGUUGGAGAAGCUGCAACUGAGCCUGGAGGAUCUCAACCACGAAGUCGCGAGGGAGGUGCAGAGCAGCCGCAAUGCUGAGAAGGCUUCGUCUAAUUUCACGGUUCAGCUGGCUGAGGCCAACCGCACAAUCGAGUCAGAGAAGCAGCUUCGAACACAGGCGCAAGGCACCGUGCGCACGAUGCAGAUCGCGUUGGAUGCUCGGGACGCAGAGCUUGCAGAGCUGCGGACUCAGUUGCUUAACGCACUCAGAACGGUUGAUCCCCAGUCAGUUCCUGUUGUCCAGGCAGACGAUAGCCCUGAUAAGUUCAUCAGUAAGAACUUUGACUUGGUCCGAAAAAUCGAAGACCUGCAGCAGGACUUGCGCGUCCAGACGGCCGCCCGUGUCAACGCUGAGGAGCAACUGGCGGAUCUGAGGGCGGCGAGGAACGAGUCUCCCACCAGACGCGGCCUUGGCGACGUCAACAUCGACGAGGGUGCCUUCAACAUGUCACCGACGCAGACGCGGUCCAAGCCUAACGGGCGGCAUUACUCGAAUACAUCAACACCACCACGUCGGUUCGCAAUUCCCGACACCGACCACCUUGAUUCGGUUCGUUCGGACAAGACGGCUGAUAUUCUGAGCUUCAACAAUCGCAUGGAUCUCAAAGCCGAUGUCGAGGAACUGCAGAAUCAGCUGCAGCUUGCGCAGAUGCAGAACCGACACCUCCAAAACCAACUGGACCGCGUGGAGCCAUCUUCAGGAAUCCAAGCCGACGAGAGCGGCCGGAUGCGGAAACUGGAGCAAGCGAACGGCCGCCUGCAUGACAUGCUGGACCAAUCUUCGAAGCAGGUGUCUGCUUUGGAAAAAGCCCUCCACACUGGUGAACUCUCACUUCGAGACAUCCAGACCAAAUCUCAUGAAGAGAUCCUUGACCUGCUGCAUAGUCAAGAAGAUUCCCGCCGAGCGAUUCUGCAUAGCCAUAACGAUGCCAUUGCGGAGUUGACCGACAUGAAGGGGCACGUGGAGAGGUUGAGGCAUGACCGAGCGAAGCUCGAGGUGGAUUUCCGCGAUACAAGGUCGGACCUUCAGGAGGUCUCACUUGCCAGAGAUCAAGAGGCCGCUAGUCGGGUUCAACUGCUGCAGGAGUUUGCUGACCUCCAAAUCCGCAUGGACGCCGAGACUUCCAAGCUGACUGAUGUGACUGCGAGUCUGAACCUUUACAAGAGCCGUGCGGACGAGUACUUCAACAAGCUGGAACAGGCCGAAAUUGCCGUGCUUAAGGCAAACCGCGCAGAGCAAUUUGCCAAGGCGCAGGCCAGGGAGGCUGAAGACAGCUGCGCAGAGAUGAUGGCAGAGAGAAACCGCCUGGAUACCACCAUUGAAGAUCUCCAACUCCAGACUCAGAGACUCGAAGAGAAGAUUGAGGACAUGUCGACAGACUUGGAGUCGGCUACGCAGGCGAAGAAGAGGCUGCAACACGAGCUCGAGGAUUACCGCAACCAGCGAGCCAACGACGUCGAGGACAAGGAAUCGAGCAUGGAGCAGCUGCGCAAGAAGUACCAGGCCGAGUUUGCGACCCUCACAAAAGAGCUGGAUCUUGCACGCGAAGAGAAGCUCUUCAAACAGGCCGAGAUCGCAAGAUUGCGCGAGGAGCUCGAUGACCUCCGGUCCAAGUGGGAUGAUGAGGUGCUCAAUAGCUCAACGUGGUCCAAGGAGAAGGCCCGCUUACAAACCACACUCUCGGAUGUGGUAGCUUCUCGGGACGAGGCGGUCACCGCUCAUAACGAGGCCCAGGGCAAGAUCGUAUCCCUCUUGUCACAGGUCCGCUCCCUUCGGUCGUCGGUGGAUGAGAUCACCGCCGAACGCGACGGCCUGCUUCGCGAAAAGCGGAGUAUCGAGGCUAGGUUGGAGGAGGCCAAGGCUGGUCUCGAGGAGCUUGCCAAGAGCGAGAGCCCCUCGCUUCGUAACGCCGCCAACAGCGACAAGGAGAUCCUCGAGCUCAAGGCCGGCCUCGCACAGCAAGAGGAUAUCGCCGCCGCAGCAGUGGAGAAGAUGCGUCGCGCUGAAUCGUUGGUGUCGGAGAUCCAAAAGGACAUCGUCGGCGAGAGAGAGGCCAGCGCCGAGCUACAAAAGCAGAAGGCGGCCUUGGAGAAAUCGCUUAACGAGGUGCAACUCAAGCUUAUCGACCUCGAGACUAAGGGUUACUCGACGGCGAGCCAUGAUAUCAAGUUCCUGCAUAAGCGCAUCCAAGAGCUCGAGUCCCAGCUCGAAGACCAUGAAAACGAACGUAGCAAGUCCCAGCGCUCGGUGCGCAACGUCGACCGCACCGUCAAGGACCUGCAGUCGCAGAUCGAGCGCAAGGACAAGCAAAACGGGCAACUCAACGAGGACAUGGGCCGCAUGCGCGACAAGAUGGACAAGCUUCUCAAGACCAUCGAGGAGCUGCAAGCAUCGGAGAGCAACAACGAGCUGGCGGCCCGGCGAGCGGAGCGGGAGCUGCGCGAGGAGAAGGAGAGGGCGCUCAAGCUGGAGCGUGAAAUUGAGGGGUGGAAGAUGAGGAUGGAGAAGGGGGUCACUGGGGGUUCUGGGAUGAGCGCCGCGGGGAGUGUGUUUGGCGGGAGCAUGCGCAGCAGGCAUGUUGGUUGGGCCACGGAGGAGCCGGUCAAGGUCCCUCAACGGAAGAGCAGCAUUAGUAGGGUGCCUUCCAUGACGAAGGGGUUCUUGUAA